CCAAAAAAAGCCAGCCCGCCGUAUAUAAGGCCGGUGGACAGCGGCGUACUGCAGACGCACUUGCCGCGUGUCCUCAGCAGAUCAGCAGCAGCAGCAGCAGCAUCAACAGUGACCAUGCAGUCCUUGGUGGUUUGUGUCCUGGCUUUGGCGACGGCGGUGUUCUGCGCGCCGCAGCAGGUGCAGGGGCCCACCACGCCACCUGUGCCGAUCCUGAGGUCCGCGCUCGACACCAACCACGACGGAAACUACGCCUUCAGCUUUGAGACUGGCAACUCGAUCGUUCGCGAGGAGCAGAGCGAGGUCCUGAACCCGGGCCAGCCGAACCAGCAGCGCGUGGUGCGCGGCCGCUACUCGUACGUCGACCCCGAGGGCCGCGACGUGGUCGUCUCGUACAUCGUCGGUGAGGACGGCGGCUUCCGCGCCGAGGGCAACGUGCUGCCCAAGGAGCCCGAGAUCCCAGAGGCCAUCCAGAUCGCGCUGGCCCGCAACGCUGCCGAAGAGGCGCAGCUCAACGAGCAGCAGCGCGCCGAGGUCGCAUCCGGCCGAUACGUCCUCCAGUAGGAUCACCACCAGCCGCCGACCGCCACGAUCCCAGCUGCUCUGACGACCCCCGCACUCGUAUAUCGGCAGCUCCCAUUGGACCUCAGCUUCCUUUACCGUCUGCAGUAGUGUACCGCACAGUGGUUUCACGUGCCGUGCAGACAGUCCAGUAGCAACCAUCCUUUGGAGCUGCCGACGUACAACUGUUCUGAGCCACCACGAAGGAACCCCAAUAUGACAACCACCGCUGCUCGUCACGCGCAGGGGUCGACAAGCUGCCAGAGGGUUGUGCAACCAGAAUCCCCACACAUAUCGCUGCCGACAUUUAGAGCACUGUGCCCAGUAAAACGCUAUAUAUCAAUCCACAACAAAAAGCGCGUCUCGAGACCAGAUUCUUCCCCGUGUGAGGUACAACACGGUCAUCCCUAGACAAUGGGAGUGAUAGUGUCAAGAGAAAACCUACAGCCAAAAGUUUGUAGUGGUAGUAUGCCUUCAAUGAAGGCGUCCAUAUACGUCAGAGAUUGGUUAGCGGCGCUAAGACUGUUCAAGAUAGAAUCUUGUCAGUUUCGAAGCUGCCAAUCUUGAGUUUAUGUGCAAUAUUUUCUGUCCGUUUUCUCUUUACGGAAUACUACAACACCAAGAAUAAAAAUUUCUAGGUACACCGGGAAGAUAAGCUUUUUGUUGUGGUGGCGAACUCCACCUUUGUAGUUUACGAAACGUUAGUAGCUCCCCCACUGCCACGCAUUUACUGGACACAGUGCUCUCGACUCCGAUGCACACUUCACACUUAACAGUACGCUCACAACUGUUGCAGGCUCUCGUCUACAGUACUAUUGUACAUACAGUGUUUCCACACCCAGAACACAAAAACGAACUUGUACAAUUAGAGCACACAUUUUCGUUGUUUCGUUAUGUAGUUCUGCGCCUUACGAGUAUGCCAGUUACUGUUAACAUCGUGCCAUUGCUUCAUGGUCCAAACAGAAUCGCUGCUCGCAGCAUUGUGGCCUGAAUGACUCGUCUAAUUACUAACGAUGUAUACAUUUAUACAAAAAGUUUGUAUUUGCUGUAUGUAAAAAUUUGUAAGCAAUAAAAAUAUUUAAGUCAA